ACAUUUUCCAUUUUACUUCGUGCAGUUAUUCAAGUGAUUAGUCGCGGAGAUUACUGCAGCGCAAAAUAGGUAUGGCUGUAAAAUUUUGGAUCAAAAAUUGAGUUGUGGAUGAACAAUGUUUGAACAAGUCUUCCUGUAAGCUAGUUAAUAUUUGCAAUCAAAACGUUGCUUUUUUUAUCGUGAUCUCGGCUUGAACCAACGCAGUAGAUACAGAAGUGAAUUCACGAUCGAUUGCAACAUCUCGAAACAAAAAAAUAAAAAUGUUCGCGGAGAAAAGUUCAUCUUUGGUGGACGAUAAACAUCGAUUAAAUGUAUCUAGAGAAACUAGUGAAGGUGCCCAAUCACGAUUAUCCACCGGUAGCAGUACUGAAGAAGAGGACGUAGAUUACUGCGAGAAUUCUCCAUGGGUGUUCAUUCCGGAACCUGUUUUUGCGAAGAUAUUUCUAUCUCUGGAACCAAGGGACAUUCUGAAUGCUGGUCAGACCUGUAAGCGUUGGAACAAACUGUCUCGGGAUGAUUACAUUUGGCGUAAAUACUUCCGGAGAGAAUUCAAUGUUGAUGUGAACAUAGGGUUGAAGCCAGGAGCGGAGUCAUAUCGAUCGGAAUACAAGCGAUUAACCGACAACGUGCCAAUGGUGAUGACGGAUGUUCUAAUGAAUCACUCCCAUCAGGUGUUACACGUUAGUUUUUCGCAUAAUGGUAAAAUGUUUGCGACCUGCUCCAAAGAUGGGUUUGUCAUUGUUUGGAAUUCUGCUUAUCCAUCGACAAUGCGUGACUCCUUCGAUAUGCGCAAGUUAAGUUGGAAAUACACUCAAUUUUCACAGUUCAAUCAAAGCGAUACACUACUAUUAGUAUCCGGCGUUCAUUUUGGAUCCCCGCAUAGUACUUCUGGAGAAAUCGCUGUUUUUACCGUACAAAAUGGAUUUCGGUUGAAAUGUCGCGUGACUAACCGUCCUUAUGACAUUUUCGGUACAUGGUUCAGUGAUCAACACUUGUUAUCUGGUGAUUUGAACUGGUUGGCGCAUUUAGUUAGUACAUCUAUUCUAUGGUUGAACAAGGCAAACCAAGAAGUUGACUCGGAACAUACGCCCAUCCGCAAUCAAAUGUACAAGUUCUACAAUCGAAAUGCGAGUUCCAUUAGAGCAAUCACGGUAGCAAAUUGCCCGUGGUUGAAUGAUGAAACUAGCAAUACCAAGGAAAAAGAUGCCGCGGAAGGGCCCAGCAGCUCCACUAGAAACAGUAAUGAAGACGACGAGGACGACAGAAGAAUUGGGAACCCUCUGUCGCACUAUCAGAUGAAUCAAGAUCAAGCUAUGGAAGAUGUAUACCGUGUUGGAAGAGGAUUCAUUCCAGAUAUUGAUCUAGACUUUCCAUACAUCCCACUUGAGAAUCACGAUUACGCCAGUCCCAUUCAUUAUUUGGACGAAUACCGGAGAGAGUGUGAAGAUAGCUAUUACGAAUCUUCGGAUGACUGUCUGGACGAUGAUGAUGAACAGGAAGAGGACGACAUGUCGGAAGUGGACGAUCUUGAUAAUCUUUGUCCCAAGUAUUUAAUAUUCUCGACUGGUUCUAAAACAUACACCCCCCACCAGAUCGGAUUCAAGAGAAUAGGCAGUGUAAACUUCCCCCGUCGGCUGGACCCGGGACCGUCACUGAAGGAACGCAUUGCUUUGCGAGAAAGGCAGCGUGAGCUGGAGGUAAUUAUGCGCGAGAUGUCACAUGAAGAAAUCCGCCUCCAAUAUAUCUUACAGAACGAAACCCCUCCGGUGGAACCAAACUGGGCAAACUACGAUUCCGUUGCCGAUCGCUUCGAUAGAGUGGACCGACUGAUCGAUUUGCACGGCCACAUCAUCGGGAUGGGUUUGAGCCCUGACCAUCGGUAUUUGUACGUCAACAGUCGGCCAUGGCCGAAAAAUUACGUAAUACGGAACCCACUGGAACCGCCCCCAAUUGCACAAGAGAUUGACAUUCAUGUGAUUGAUCUGAUGACGUUGAAGAAGGUUGGAACAAUGUUGAGAGCACACAAAGCCUACACACCGAAUACCGAGUGUUUCUUCAUAUUUUUAGAUGUCUGUGAUAACUACGUUGCAAGUGGGGCCGAAGACAUGCACGCCUAUCUGUGGGACCGCUACUACGGCGUUUGCUUGGCCAAGUACCAGCAUGGUGAUGUUGUAAAUAGCGUAGCCUUCAAUCCACGGGACAAUGAAAUGCUUGUAACCACUAGUGACGACUAUGAAAUUAAGGUAAUUGAUGCUAGUUUGUUGAUAGAAUGUUACAUUGACAGAUUCUGUUUUGUUCUAGAUCUGGAGGUCAUUAGCACAGGCAAAGAAACUGGGCAUUCAACCGGUCGGCAAAGCGGUAGAAUUCAGAAAGGUCAAAUCUAA